UCUGAUCUCUAAAACGUUAUAUAUUUCUUUCUUUGAGGAUUUUGAAGAAUCCAAUAAUAAUAAUAAUGGAGGGUUCAACUAAAUGUGGGUUUUUGGGGUACCUAUUCUUAUUGCUUGUGCUCUUGCCUGUGAUGUGCUAUUCUCAAGACAAUUUUGUUUACUCUAGAGCCACCUAUUAUGGCAGCCCUGAUUGCUAUGGAACACCAUCUGGGGCUUGUGGAUUUGGUGAAUUUGGAAGGACAGUGAAUGAUGGCAACGUUGCUGCAGUUUCAUAUCUUUAUAGGAAUGGUUCUGGUUGUGGUGCAUGUUAUCAGGUUAGGUGCACAAAUCCAAAAUAUUGUAGUGGAAGUGGAGCAAUUGUGGUGGUGACAGACCAUGGUGAAGGGGAUUACACUGACUUUAUAUUAAGCCCAAGAGCCUAUGCAAAAAUGGCUCAUCCAAACACAGCCUUGCAGUUAUUUUCAUAUGGUGUUGUUGAUGUUGAAUUCAGAAGGGUUUCUUGCCAAUACCCAUAUUACAGUACUCUCAAAUUUAAGGUUCAUGAACAUAGCAGAUUCCCUGAUUAUUUGGCCAUUCUUAUCAUUUAUGUUGCUGGCAAAAAUGACAUCACUGCUGUUGAACUGUGGCAGGAGGACUGCAAAGAAUGGAAAGGAAUGAGGAGAUCCCAUGGAGCUGUUUGGGAUAUGGCAAAUCCUCCUAAAGAUAACAUAAAACUGAGGUUUCAAGUGAGUGGAAGUAUGGGAUAUGGAAAUUGGGUUGUGGCAAACAAUGCUCUCCCAAAUUAUUGGAAGCCAGGAGUUGCUUAUGACACUGAUAUUAACCUCUAUUAAUGCAAAUCAAACUGUAGCAGGAGUUGAUCAUCAAAUUAUUAUUUAGCAUUAUAUAUAAGUUGUUUUUAUAGAUAUAUGUGGUGAUUUUGCUUUUGGUUUUUAUUUAGGGUGUAAUAUUUUAGAAGUUGCUAUGUUUGUUGUGAUGGGCAAUGAUGUGAUUUGUGUACUUUUGGGAAUUAUGGUAUGUGAUGGAAAAGAAAUAUGGAAUAAAAAAGUUCAACUUUUACUUUUUUUUU